AUGUCAUCCUCCUCAAACAAAGACAAAAAACAGGGAAAAACGCCUACUUUUAUGGAUCGCUUUGCUCUUCACCUAGCCAAGGAAUUGGUGGGAUCCAAGACGGUCCUUCAAGUGUUGAACCAACAACUUCAUGGUGACAGUGGCAAAACGAAGGAGCAUCCCCUGUAUUGGCGUAGUGAUUUGUUCCUGGAGGAUCCAGCCGACAUGAUGAAUGCUUCCAAGUGGCCUUGUUAUUGUUCCUCUACAACAACAACUACUACUACAACUACUACUGGUACUACUACUGGCAACCAACAAGUUCGCCAACGACAACAUUUGCUCUACCUCGAUGCCAAGUUUGAAUUUAUUUGCAAGAACAAUAACGACGACGACGACGACCAACCUACUCACAAGAAACAAGUCCAGGUCACGUGGGGUUGUUUUGUCUUGCAUCAUUCUAAAAGUGGUAAUGGCAAUGAUGACUCCACAACAACAACAACAGCAAAAACCAUAACAACAUGCAAGAAUAAUUAUGGCAUGUAUUACAAGAGCAAACCCAUGAGGCUUCACUGCCUCGAAAAACAUGUCGAGAGCAUGGACAUUGAUCUACCGGAGCAACCGCAAAACAUGGCCAAGUUUAUGAGACCUGCUCUAGUAGGCGAGCAGCAAAAGAAGAACAGCAGCAAGGGCGGUGAUAUGAAUGCAAAGAAGGCCAAGGACUUUCACAUUCAAUUGAAAGAUUCUAGCAAUACGUUCGACAACAACGAUACCGAGAAAACGAAAAAGACGACUCUGCAGUUGGAGCUUUACUACGAAGAGCUGAAUGACAAGGGGGUCUUGACACUGGAGUUGGAAGAGCAAGCAUCUAGUCCAUACAAUGAACUGGCCAUGGAACCCCUUUACCUGCGAGAAAUCAUGCGUUCGAGUGGUCCAGAGGAAGAGGAAAUUCCACCAACCACCCGAACCACUUCUCAAAGCAAUAGUCAAGGUUCAUUAGGAAGUCCCUUUGGUGGUGGCAGUAUCAGUAUCAGUCAAUCUCAUCAGAAUAAUCAACCAAUGAUGAGCAGUCAAAACAGCGUCUUUGGAAGCCCAAUCAAUGCGACUCCUCGUCCAGCAGCAAGAGAAAGGAAUAUGGUCGAUGUCCAAUUGGAUCAAGCUCUUGAUGUAUGGUUCCGGCAAACCAAUGACGACGAAAGCGAUAACGGCAACAAUGACAACAGCAAAGUGGCAGCUUCCAGCAUGGCAUCUUCUCCCAUAGCUGGUGCUGCUGGUGCUGCCAACAACAACAAGAAACGCCCACCACCAAGAAACAUUCAAAACCAUGGAAUGCGAAGAAUCAAGAAAAAGAAGAAAAAGGGAGGAUUGUUUGGGUAA